AUGGAGAAUAAAGUGAAUGUAUUCCAUCGGAAAUGUUUGAGAAAAAUCUUAAAAAUAUCAUAUAGAGAUCAUGUGAGAAAUGAAGAAGUUUUGCGAAGGGCAGGCCAAAGGGACCUGCAAGAAUCUGUUAAUAAGAGAAGGCUUAGAUUCGCAGGACAUGUACUGAGAAUGCCAGUAUCAAGACCAGCAAAUAAAUCCAUGGAGUGGGUGCCGCCAAAUUUGAGAAGGGGGAGAGAAAGGCCAAAGAAGACAUGGCGAAGAACUUUUAAAGAGGAUUUGGAACUGGUGGAUCUAACAUUUGACCAAGCUGUGGAGACCGCUCAUGACAGAGGCAGAUGGCUAGGUCUCGCUGAUCAAUGUUCCCAACGGAACGGGAGGAACUAA